AUGAAUUCGUUGAAUGAAAAUCAAUAUGAACUUUCUGCAAUAGAUACCAAUGGCGAAACAUCAGAAUCCGAUGAUAAUAGUAUUCAAUCACCGAAUUUGAUUGGCCCACAAUUGGGAUCCAUUGUAGCAUUGAAAAAGAUUCGUUAUGUUCUUUUAAUAUCCGUGACUCUCUGCUUAAUUGUAUUGGCUAUCGUUAUAUUUGUUACACUAACUCAUAGACAAGAGAAUUUGGUAACAAUCAUGGCACGUACGACACCUAUUACGACGAUGUCAACAACGAGUCAGACAACAAACACAUCGUCAAUGUUAAUAACAUCAGUAUCAAUGACAGUCAUCACAGCGUCCAUGCCAAUGCUUAAUAUAUCUGUCGAUGCUCAAUGGGAACAGAAUGGAAUCACAAUAAUUGAAGGCCGUCAGAAAGAUAAUGCGACUUAUCGAGUUUAUCAUCCUCAUGGUCUCUUUAUUGAUGAUAAUCAAAAUAUUCUCAUUGCUGACCAUCGAAAUCAUCGAAUUGACGAGUGGAAGCAAGGCGAUAAGGAAGUAGUAGUAUUAUUUGGUGGUAGGAAAGGAACAAAAUUAGGUCAAUUGCACCAUCCAGUUGAUGUGCUAAUUGACAGAGCAUCGAAUACUCUCAUUAUUUGUGAUCAAUCGAACCGAAGAAUUCUUCGCUUGUUUAGACAUAAUCUUAACAAGACUGCAGAAAUUCUCAUCAAAAACAUUCGUUGUGCAGGAUUGGCUAUCGAUCAUCAAAGAUAUCUCUAUAUUUCUGAUAAUGAGCACCAUCAGGUGAAACGAUACGACAUCGAUGGAAGAAACCAAACUGUUGCGGCUGGAACUGGCCGUCAAGGUAAUGCGUCGGAUGAGCUGAAUAGGCCAACAUAUAUUUUUAUGGAUCGGCAACAAAAUGUUUUUGUUUCGGAUACUGAUAAUCAUCGGGUGAUGCAAUGGAAUAAAGGAAACAACGGCCAAGGAUCGGGUUCAAAUCAACUGGAUUGUCCUGAAUAUUUGGUCUUUGACAGAACUGGAAAUCUUUAUGUUGCUGAUUCUUACAAUAAUCGUAUACAAAAAUAUUUGAUUAAAUAA